AUGUCAGGUCUCCAUGAGGUCCAAACAGGCUCCGGCAAGUUAGCCAACAAGGUGGCCAUUGUCACAGGUGCCGCCUCAGGUUUUGGUCUCGCUUGCGUCCGGAAAUUUAUCGACGAAGGCGCCAAAGUCGUCGCCGCGGACAUGAACGAGGCAGGUCUCCAGAAGGCCUACGCCAGUGCCGCUGACAGCCACGUUGCGACUCUUACCGCCAACGUCACCUCGUCCAGCGACUGGAGCAAAAUGGUCGACAUAGCCGUCUCGAAAUUCGGCGGAUUGGACAUCGUCGUUAACAACGCCGGGACGUCUUACAAGAACAAGCCCACGCUGGAAGUGACCGAGGAUGAGUACGACAAGGUCAUGGCCGUGAAUGUCAAGAGCAUCUUUUUGAGCAUACCAGCUGCAGUCCCUGCGCUGAAGAACCGGGGAGGUGGCUGUAUCAUCAACAUUGCCAGUAUAGGGGCCAUGAGGCCUAGGCCCGGGUUGGUAUGGUACAAUGCGAGCAAGGGCGCCGUUGCGAACGCCACCAAGGGUCUUGCCGCCGAAUUCGGCAAAGACCAAAUCCGCGUGAACGCCCUUUGCCCCUUGCUCUCUGGCACCGGCCUCUUCGAGUCCUUUGUGGGAGUUCCUUACAACGAGGAAAACAUGAAGAAGUUCUUGUUCAACGUCCCGCUGGGCAGACUGACGGACCCGUCUGACGUGGCGAACGUGGCGGCAUUCCUGGCCAGCGACGAGGGCAAGUUUAUCACAGGCGUGAAUAUGGAGGUCGACGGCGGCAGGGCUGUUGGCUCGUAG